CGGGCUGACUGGUCGAGUGGAGGAGAGAAACAGCGCCGCCGCCGCUGCCGCCGUAGUUCCCGUGUUCGGGUCGACUCACCACUGUCCGUGCGUCGUUUUUGCCGGGCGUAGGCGCCUCGUGUGGCACGGCUUGCUUGUUGGGACAGCGGCAGAACAGACCGGGCGCGCGCCCUAAAACAACGCAGCGGGUCAACACGUAGCUCAACAAGUGGUUGUCGACAGUCGGCGCAACAAACUCUGUGUGGCCUGGGAUCGGUGGAUCGGACGCUGCCUUUUCAUGACCGGCUUCGACGGCCGUCGAGUGUGCGAGCAAAAACAGGUCAUUUCUUCGGCUGUGUACGCGAUGGAAGCGUGGCGAUGGACGACGGCAGGCCUGCUGCUCUUGUGUGCUUGUUUGAGUGCAGUUUCGGCGAGCAAUUUGGAUACGGUGCACGCGACCAGGUUCGCAGGCCAGCCCGGUUCGCACUUCGGCUACACCGUGGAGCUCAUCAUUAACCGGGACGGGAGAUUAGCCUUGGUGUCAGCUAUUAAGGGCAACUCAACCACUUUGGGAGAGGAUGUUACCAGCCUGGUGCCCUGUUCAAGUGCAGGCCGCAAAUACAAACGAACCCGUGUACUGAAGUUCGUGUUGACAACUCAGACAAAGGGGAUUAUGCCGAGAAUGAAGCUGAUGGGGAACCCUAUCAUGACCUGCACAGAGAUAUGCACCUUGGGAUGUCAAUGGUUGUUCAGCCUGGACCCGAUGGCAGGGUUAUUGUAUGCGCCCCUAAAUGGAAAAAUCAGCUAUACAAGAGUACAAUGUACAUGUUAAAUGGAAUCUGCUAUGUCCUCGACCAUGACUUGGUUCACAGUGAUGCAUUGCGUCCACUUCUUAGAAAAAUACAACAAGUUACGCCACCAAAUGCUGAUCAACCCACUGGCUACUACUAUGCCGUAGCAGAGUUUGGAUUUUCAGCAGACAUUUCUACUAGUAAUGAACUCCUGGUAGGGACCCCAGGACUCAUUGACUGGACAGGCUCACUCGUCAAAUACGUUAUACCUAACGAUACUGAUGAGAGCUUAAAUCUCAAAGUCGGGGCCUUUUGGAUGCUGGAAAGAUUCCAAGAAUUCAACAGUAUAUUGGUUACAGUGUAACGUCAGGCCGCUUCUUCGAAAGCAUGGGCCCUUCAAUGGUUGCUGGAGCUCCGAGAGAAACUGAGGACCGUAAGGGAGCGGUGUAUUUCUUUGCCCAGGAAACCCCAACAUCAAAUAGCCUUCGUGUGCAGAUGAAAAAAGAAGGUGAACAGAUGGGGUCAUACUUUGGGGCUGCAGUGCUGGGGAUUGAUUUGAACAAUGACAACUACUCGGACUUGAUUGUUGGUGCUCCAUUCUACUCUUUAAAAGAAACUACUGGGGAUGAGGGAAAAGCGUAUGUCUACAUUAGCAAUGGAGCGAGCCUGUCUCUGCAACCUGGUCAACUAAUGGGUUCAUCUGUACCAGGUGCUCGAUUUGGCACUACUAUCGUCAACAUUGGUGACCUCAACCUAGAUGGAUACGCAGAUGUUGCUAUUGGUGCUCCAUAUGAAAAUGGCCAUGGUGCUGUGUACAUAUAUAAUGGUGGGAAGAAUGGCCUAAAAACCACAUACAGUCAGCGCAUUGAUGCGAGGUCACAGAUACCUCCGCCACAGGGUUUUGGGAUCAGCAUUUCCAAGGCGUUGGAUAUUGAUGGCAACGAAUACCCAGAUAUCAUGAUAGGAGCUUAUGAGUCAGACACGGCUUACCUCUUCAGGGCCUCUCCUAUUGCGUAUGCAAAGGGCUGGAUUGAAAUACCUACAGGACGGAUGUCCAACAAAACCCCAAAAUGCAAGGAGAACAAUGUUGACUAUUACUGCAUGGAUGUAUUGGCGUGUAUGACCUACUCUGGAAAAUUUCUCAGUGAAGAACUAGGGUUUUACUACCAGUUGGAAAUCGACAGCAAAAGGGCAGAUAAGCAGUCGCCCAGGGGUGGCUUUUGGCUGCCUAAUGGAAUAAUUGCCACAAGUGUCUCAGCUGAAAAGACUCUUCGAAUGGGUGUUGAGAACUGCUUCUCAGAGAGGGCCCUUAUAGACGGCAAUGUCACCGAUUUAGUAACCCCAUUUGAGUUUCGUUUGUCUUUCGACUUGGCGGAUAAUCUGACAAGGGGAAAGCGAGAAUCUUUUUGUAAAGACUGUCCAAUCUUGGACUCAAGUACAGUGAAAGUCGUCACUAAUCGGACUGCUUUCCAAGUGGCAUGUGGUCCUGACAACGUGUGCAAUGCUGACUUGGAGCUGAAGGCUAGCAUCGGAGGGCACGAGAACAACUCGCCAUUGGUCGUAGGUAAAGACAGCACUGUCUCACUGAAUGUUGCCGUGAAAAACCGCGAGGAAGAACCCGCUUAUCUUGCUGAAGUUGAAAUUAACCUUCCUGAAAAUGUGGACAUCGUGAACAUUGGUAGUUGUGAGAAAAAGAACAGCUCAACUCUGACAUGUGACAUCGGGAAUCCUCUGAAGAGUAAUGCGGAGACGAAGUUUGCUGUGAAGCUGGGCCUUACAAAGCUUAAGAAGAAACUUGAGGUCAAAGUCUUUGCAAGAACACUCAGUUUGGAUGUUGAUCGGAGCAAUGAUCAUGUUCUUAUUGCUUUGCCACUGAUCCACCAUGCUGACAUAGCACUUCAGGGGUCUGCAUCUAUAAGCCAGCUAAUCUACAACACGUCUACAGAUCUUGUUCCUGUGGUUCACACUUUUACGAUGGUGAAGUAUUACGACAGCCCCAUUAACAAAGUUGCUAUUACGAUAUCAGUGCCACGCAAGAUUAUGGGGCACAGGACUAAUUUUCUGAGCCUUUUGAGCGUGAUACCUGACGACGGAAGUCGAACUAAAGUUGGUGGCAGCUGUAACAGCUCAGUGGCCAGCCUACGCAAACGCUCUCCAUCAACCAUAUCUCCAUCUGUCAUUAGGCAGCGCAGGGAAGCAAGCCCGAACCCUCUUCCACUUCUAGAGGGUCACUUUCCUACGGCCCAAGUCAAAUCAUUGACGCUGGACUGCUCAGGUGCCGAGUGCACGACCUUCAACUGCCAGAUGGGCCCAUUCACUGACAAGAACAAGGUGGCUAAAAUCGAGAUUAACAUGGUGAUCAACGUCAGCCGCAUCAUGGACCAAGUGGGAAUACCAGACACCGUAGACAUCAUCACAGAAGGCUCACUCAAGAUCUUGGAUGAAACGGAGUUCACACACUACGUCAAGCAGCAACCCAAGCAAGCUACGAUUGUCACCUCGCUCAACAAAGAAGGCCCACCUGCAACGCCUUCCUUGGCAUGGUGGAUCUAUCUUCUCAUAGUUCUCGGAGGCUUGCUUGUGCUCUUGGUCAUCAUUCUUGUUCUCUACAAGUGUGGAUUCUUCAAGAGACAAGCCAAGGAAGAUUUGGAGCGCUCCAAACGGGAGUCUUUGGCAGCUAGCAGCGCACCACAUUCGCCUACAACGGAGGCUCUGCCCACCAUACCCUCAGACGACCCAGAAGUCAGAAGGAGUCUUCUCAGCUCUGAGAACCCCUGAGGCGAACCCUGUGAGGUGUUGGCCAAUCCUAAGCAUGCUCAAGCAUAGCAUCUGCGCUAGUCACGUUGUCGUCGUGUUGCCUGGAGCUCUUCACUUUUGAUAUCUUGCUUUGUUAUCUGCCUUGAAAGGCACUGUUCUGGGCUUUGCAGUGACAGAUUGCCCUUGGCACAUUGUACAGGCCUGUUAUAGGUACUUGGACAAAGCUGACAAUAUGCGUGAAAUUUGGGUGAUUGGAAUCUACAGCAAUAGAAUACUUCUAACAUUCCAGUUCCUUGUACGUGGUUAUCUUGAGGAAUAGUUCUGUUGGUUGUGAAAGGCUUAAGAUGGUGAAAAAUUAGUUGCCUAGAAGUGUAGGGUCAACACAACGAGCUAUGUUUCGAGCUUUUAACUAAGAACUAUUCUUAGCUGUGAAUGUUGGUGUUAUGCGAGUGUGCACAUGCUAUUUUGGUUGUAAGGUAACAACAGUGGAGUGCUCCAGAGUACUAGAACCACUGCCGAGUCCUCCUGCUGUCACUACUUUACAGAGACCAUUUCCUGAAUGUAGCAUAUGUGGAGGCUCUUUGAUAUAUUGAGUGGCAAGGUAAUAGGGGCAGCCAAAUAUUGUCAGGGUGGCUCAGGGCAUUUUAGUAUUUUAUUGAACAAUUUAGAGUUAAGUCUACAUGUGUCUUGGCAUACAUAUUAUAAGACCUUUAUGAAGAGGUAGACAUUCAAACAAGAGCAUAUGUGCACUGCUGGUCUGUGCAUACUUUUCAACACUUGCUUGUAGAAUAGUUGAACAAACAUUUGUGUGCUGGUUGAUGCCCUAAAUCUGCUUCUGUGUAGCUCUGCCAUCCACUCAUAGCUGCUACAGUUGCUUAUGUGAUGACUCCUUUGUUAGAUGAACAUGGAUGCAACAAAGUACCUUGUGCACGUAGCCACUCAUGGUCACAGAUACCUCUCAAGACGUGGUUUACGUAGUACAUUGUAUACCUUUGUUUUGCAAGAAUUGUACCUUAGUAGUAUUCCCACUUUUUGUUCUAUUGGAAGGACGGUUGUAUGUUGUUUUCAGGUGAUUUUGUUCUUUAGUGGGGACAUGAUCAUUUCGUUUCGACGAAAGCUAAUUCACUAGGUUGACUUGCCAUGCGUAGUGUACAUAAUAUAUGGACACGUAAGUGCCAAGUCUGGUGUUAUGUGGUCUAGCAACAGCGCAUCUGAGGUUUCUGACCAGCUUUGGCUUAAGUGCAGGCACAUCUGUGUUCCAUCAUAGAUUAGCAUAGUUUUCCUCAUGUGGGUAUCGCUUCAGCAUAGCAUAGUUUCCUCAUGUGGGUAUCGCUUCAGCAGUUUCUUCUAUAAUCAAGUCUAUCACUGCCACAGUGCUCUGGUGCAUUGUCAUUAUGUAAAGCUACGGCUAAUUACUUGGAUAAGGUUGUGUAUGGUUGUAUAGGUGGCCUGUCAGUGAUGUGAUGAUAUCCUGUGAUCUCUACUUAAAUAGCUGAUGCCAUGUUUGUGCCUUAUGGAAAGUGUCUUGAUGAGCACCUGUGCUGAUACAGGCUGUCUGUAUUUGGGAUAUUGGCUGGCAUAUUUUUUUAACAGUUCCAUUAUACAAAUUACCAAGUUGAUUUAUCUUGUUUUUUGCUGGCCUGCUGUUGUGUAUGUGCAUGCAGGGAUGUUAACUUUAGGAAUGCUUCUUGCAAGAAAUUACUGAAAUGAAAAGAAAUCAUGUUUUUUAAAAGAAACAUGUUAUUCCUGCCCAGAUUUUUAUCAUUGUGUUCUUUUUAUUUCCUUCAACCUGCAGAAUAGCUUCAUGCACAGUGAACUGCACGUUUUGGCUAAUAUGGUACAGAAUAUUUUUGUCACAAAACUUGGGAGGCUGUUUCUUAAAAACACUAUGUUAAUGUAGCACGCAUUACUUGAAAUUGCUGUAUUUUUGUGUCCAUCCAUCUUUUCUGUGAGAUAAGUUCCUUAAGCAGGGUGCCAUGCUGCUGGCAUUUGAUGAAACUUUUUAUGAAUACUUCUUUCUUUUUUUAUUAAUUCUUGUUAAUUCUAAGAAUAAGCGGAUGAAAAUAUGUAUAGAAUGUUUUAGAAGAUUUUGUAAGUAAUGUGACAAAAGGAAAGAAAUCCAAUGGGGGACUAACAAAACCACAGCCAUGUUGGUGCACUCCAGACAUUUCAAGAAAUGGGCUUGAUUUAAAAAAAAAGACUUAGUGACAUCUCAUUUAGGGUUACUCAAGGUUAAGUGUUAGUUACCAUUGCAAUGGUAGAAUUAAAGAACAUAAUCAAUAAAAGAAAGCACGACUUACAUAAUAAAUGUGCUAUGUACAACCUGAUGAGCUUAACAGUGCCACUUCUUACCAAAAAAUUGCAUCUGUUUAGGUCAGCAUAAGCCUUUCUCUUAAUGUGACUUAGCUGCCGUACUCAAGGUAGCUUCAUUACUAAUCAACUAUUAGUACAGUUGGUAUAAAAAGUUUAUGGACUGUGAAACCUGGGGAAGCACUGCACGCCUGAGUAGUUUGUAACUGUAGCCUGUUGUUCACACACACACACACACACACACACACACACACACACGCACGCACCACGCGUGCACACACACACACAUGCACACACACACACAAAAAAAACAGGUUAGAAAUCAAGUAGCAGGCUGUAAAUAUAGGCUAUAAAUAUGCAACAAUUUCUUAUAUCUCACAUUCCAUAAACAUUUUAAAUCAGCUGUGGAGGUGUGAAAAGUUAGCUGUAAUCAAGGCACCACUACAGAAGGCAACAUGCCAAAUCAAUUUCUGGGAUAUCGUGUAAAAGCUUGAGCAUUCCCACAUAUGAUCAUAAAAAAGUAUUAAGCAUGGAAUGUAUACGGUCGACUAGUUUUCCCACAAAGGAUUCUGCAUUUUAUAUGUAAAUCUCGGGCAUCUGAAUCCAGUCCAUCAGUUUUCAUAUAUGAGUGAAAUGAGAUCAGAAGCAAAAGAAGUCAAGGCAUUGUGUCGAGAUAUGCGAUUUUCAUAUAAUAUCGAGUAUUGGAUGCCCUGUCAAUUGUCAUCUGAAUUAAGUCUAGGAUAACAAAUGCCUUUUUUUUUCCUUUGAGCAACCUUAUCAUUAGUGCUCAUUUAUCAGAGGCUCCAUUUCUGCAGCUACAGUAUUCACUACAGAGCUAGUAAUUAACAGCUACUUGUGUUGAUUUCACUUUAUCAUCACAUGAAACUGUGCUCUGCAUCUGGCAGAAGCAUUGACAUGGCUGUGUUUGUAUGUGGCUUCCUGUCAUGUUUUGGUUUUUUUUUAAAUACUAAUUGCAAUAUUUGAACAGCUGCACACUUUUAGUACUCAACAUUAUCUGGUUUGGUCCUGGGCAAAUUGUAGUUCUGUAAAAAAACAACUGUGGUAUCUGUAUUUGCUUUUAUAAUAUUUUUAUGGUUUCCGUGAGGUUUUGAGACGGAUGAGCAAGUUUUGUCCUGCAUUCUUCACUUUCAGGGAUCAACUUACAUAGCUUAGGAGAUAUUGGAGGCGCACAUUAUAUCUUCUCCUUGUUUUAUAGCUCCUGUAGAAGUAGAGGUAUUGCUGUCUGCAUUUUGUGAUUGUUGUUUAUUGUUUCUUUAAAUUCUUGGCUAACUGUCUAGCGUAUCAGUGAACUAUUCCUGUUAUUCAGUAAUUGUGCAUAUAUACAAAUCCAUGCAUGUAGCCAUUACGCUGCUGAGUUGUAAUUUGGAAUUUCUAGGUCAUGCUAUCUGGGGGACAAGUGUACAGGGUGAUCAAUCAUGCUAUUUAUGAUGAUUCAUGUGAUUUGCAGAGAGUUUCUUGUGUUCAUUGCUCAUCAUCUAUCGAUUACAUUUUCAUUACAUGGAAACUACCGCCUUAAGAGCACUGUAAUAUGCUUCUGAAAUUCACCAUCAUGCGUAGAUAUCAUGUAGCAAAGUUCAACACAAAAAUAUUACUGUUAGGUCUUUCUACAGCUCUGUUAUAUUCGCUCAUCUAUUUUGUAGGAGUAUUACAGAGCUAGAAUAAAGUCUACUGUUUUAUUAAGAAU